UCUUUGGUGCUGGGAGGCGGGCCGCGGGGUCGCCGUCCGCGCCGCCGGCUCGCUGGGCCCGGCGGACUCACGUGACCGACGCGGGCUCUGGAGCGGCCGGCCGCACUGAGGAAGCGGCAGCGGCGGAGGCGGCGACCGCAGCCGGGAGGUAGCGGCCUGGCAAGGGACGGGCCGCUGCCCUCUCGGACAGCCGCGGCGGAAGAGAAAGAUGGCGGAGGCCUCGGCGGCCGGGGCGGGCGCAGGCGCUGCUGUCGCCGCGCACCGGUUUUUCUGCCACUUUUGCAAGGGCGAGGUCAGCCCCAAACUACCGGAAUAUAUUUGUCCCAGAUGUGAAUCAGGCUUUAUUGAAGAAGUGACAGAUGAUUCCAGUUUUUUAGGUAGUGGUGGCAGCCGGAUAGACAAUAGCACAUCAACACAUUUUGCAGAGCUCUGGGAGCAUUUGGACCACACGAUGUUUUUCCCAGAUUUUAGACCAUUUCUAAGUAGCAAUCCACUGGACCAAGAUAAUAGAGCCAAUGAGAGGGGUCACCAAACUCACACUGACUUCUGGGGACCAAGUCGUCCUCCACGGCUGCCAAUGACUCGAAGAUACAGAUCACGAGGAAGUACUCGUCCUGAUAGAUCCCCAGCUAUUGAAGGAAUAAUACAACAGAUCUUUACAGGAUUCUUUGCAAAUUCUGCAGUUCCUGGAUCCUCACAUCCUUUUUCCUGGAGCGGGAUGCUGCACUCCAACCCUGGGGACUAUGCCUGGGGUCAGACAGGGCUUGAUGCCAUUGUAACCCAGCUUUUAGGACAACUGGAAAACACAGGGCCUCCCCCAGCUGACAAGGAAAAGAUCACAUCUCUUCCAACAGUGACAGUAACUCAGGAACAAGUUGAUAUGGGUUUAGAGUGUCCGGUGUGCAAAGAAGAUUACACAGUUGAUGAGGAAGUCCGGCAGUUACCCUGCAACCACUUCUUCCACAGCAGUUGUAUUGUACCGUGGUUAGAACUGCAUGACACGUGUCCUGUAUGUAGGAAGAGCUUAAAUGGUGAGGACUCUACUCGGCAAACCCAGAGCUCUGAAGCCUCUGCAAGCAACAGAUACAGCAGUGACAGCCAAUUACAUGACCGAUGGACUUUCUGAAGCUAAAGCCUGCAUCUGAGCCAGGGCUGUGGUAGUCUUCUUAUCACAGCUGUCAAUUGUAUCAAAACAAAAAAAUAGUAGGUGGAUUUAGGAAUUGCAUAAGAAACCCCAACCCAUAAUAUUAAUGCAGUGAGUGUUUUUCUUCUCCAAAUUUAAAGUUAGUAUCUGCAGAUGGAAUUGUAUCUACAACCAAAUGCCUCUUAUUCCUGAAUUCAGAGUGAUACUUUUAUAAGUGUGAAACUUGAUUAUGUGGGUUUCCCCUGCCAGAAUAGAAUCACUUUACCUUAAAGUCUAGCUAGGGUCCCACUAUCUGUCAUGUUCUCUUGUAGUGGAUGUUUCCACCUCCUUCUCUAACUUCCACCCUACCAUUAGUGUAUUUAAUUAUAGUAGAUGCAGUGGAACCACAGUCCUAAAGUCCUGCUGAUAUAAAGUCUUUCUGUUUUAAUUGUACAAAAGCAUCUACUCUUGGUCACAUAAGCCACAAAGCAAGAUCAGAUUAAUUCAGGAAUCUGAGACUAAUGAUUUUGUUUUGUUUUGAAUCCUCAGAAAAUCAAAGAAAAAUUACAGUGGGGAGGAGCAAGUGGCCGAUCAUUGUACUCUUUGAUUUUCUCAUUUUAAUUUUUUUUUUUUAUUUUAUUUUUUUUUUCUCAUUUUAAUUUUUAAAGACUACUUCACAAGGUGCAGUUUCUGCAGAAGCCAACAUGACAUAUCUUAGGAAUCUUACGUUGUUGGGAAUCUGAUUCUGGUUCCCUUUUGGAAAUGAGUUGGGCAGCAUACAGGCACAGAAGGACAGGUAUUUGAAAUCUUUGGUUCUGAGGUUUCUUUAAUGACCCCCAACUCAUUGUUUACUGCCUUUUGUCAUAGGGACCUUAAAAUAAUUUCCCUCAGAAAUAGAAUUACUUUAUUACUGCUUCUACAGCCAAUUCACUGUUUUUAGUAAUUCACUGGUCUUCAGGAAUUGAGAUUUCACAUUGUCUCAUUUUAAUUUUUUAAGCCCUUUUAUCAUCUCUGAAAUCUUUCUGUUCUGCUUGGUUCUGGUUGUACUUGGUAUCAAACUGAUUGUUGUGAUCAUGCCCGAAACAGCUUGGCCUUGGAGAGGUGGGACUUCUAUUUUCAGCCUAACAGUGUCUCAUUGCACAUGCACAUGCUCUUUGAAGCAUUUAAGUGUUUAAAGUUGAAUAAAUGAAGAAGAUCAAGAAUGUUGUUGGAACUUUAGAGUCUCAAAAGGAAAUGAUGGGGGCAUGUAACCACUGUUAGCGCACCAUAGAGGGUGACAGGGGCUCCAUUUGUCUGGUCACAUCAGCCCUUCAUAGUUUGGAAUGAUUCGAACAAGAAGGCCACUCUUUAUGAGUGUCUUUCUUGGCUAGGAGUCUUUCCUCAGUUUUUGUUGACUAUCAUACACUGGUUUUGGGGCCGAGGGAAAGGGGUUAGAGAUAUCUUUGUACUUUGGCAGAGGAUAAAGAAGUAGGGGAGGGAAGAGAGACAGUGGGAGAGUGGCUUGCUGAAUUAACAGCCUGCCUCUAAAAUUGUGACCAAAAAGUAUGAUUCGUGUUAGGCCCAGAGGAAAUAAAAGAUGUUUUCUCCUCUG